CACGCCCCUCCCUGGGUACGAGCCGCGCGGCUGGUGAAGUGUGUGGCUGCGGCCUCCGCAAGGCUUGGGGUCUGAACCAGCCAUGACUGCCAAAGAUUAUCCAUCAUUGUGGGGCUUUGGAACAACAAAAACAUUUAAAAUACCUGUUGAACAUUUGGAUUUCAAGUAUAUUGAAAAAUGUUCAGAUGUUAAACACUUGGAAAAAAUUCUUUGUGUGCUCAGGUCUGGUGAGGAAGGAUAUUAUCCUGAACUUACUGAAUUUUGUGAAAAGCGCCUUUCAGGCUUGGCUCCUGGAAGUAGAGCUUUGAGGAGAGAGAAACCUGCAGCGACAGCAGCCAGUUUCACAGCAGAAGAAUGGGAAGAAAUUGACGGUGAUAUAAAGAUUUGGGUAUCAGAAAUUAAAAAAGAAGAUGAUAAAAUACACUUUCAAGAAACCGAAACAUUUCCGGCAAUGGAAGAUAAUUUGCCUCCAGUUCGUGGUUCAAACAGCCAUCUUCACGUUGCCAAGGAAAAAAAUUCUAAAAGACCAGCUAAAAAGAAAAUUCCGAGGGAUUAUGCAGAGUGGGAUAAAUUUGACGUGGAAAAGGAAUGUGCGAAAAUUGAUGAAGAUUACAAAGAAAAAACUAUAGUAAACAACAAGUUGCAUUUGUCUAAAAUUGAGACAAGACUAGAUACAGCAGGUCUAACUGAGAAGGAAAAGGAUUUUCUUGCUACUCAUGAAAAGGAGAAAGGAAAUGAAGCUUUUAACUCAGGAGAUUAUGAAGAGGCUGUGAUGUAUUAUACUCGGAGCAUAUCAGUGCUUCCCACGGUAGCAGCCUAUAACAAUCGCGCUCAAGCGGAACUCAAAUUACAGAACUGGAACAGUGCUUUUCAGGAUUGUGAAAAGGUCUUGGAGUUAGAACCCGGGAACUUAAAGGCUCUUCUGCGCCGUGCCACUACGUAUAAACAUCAAAACAAGCUCCAGGAAGCUAUAAAAGAUUUGAAUAAAGUACUGGCUGUUGAACCUGAUAAUGAGUUGGCCAAAAAAACCUUGUUAGAGGUUGAAAGAGAUCUGAAAAAUUCUGAACCUGCAUCUGAGACUCAAACCAAAGGAAAAAGGAUGGUUAUUCAGGAAGUAGAAAAUUCAGAAGAUGAAAAUGAAAAGGACAGUGGAAGAAAACAUGAAGAUGGCAUUGGGGAUAAGAAGGCCGCGGAGCCGGCGCCAGCCGGGCGCGCCACCGAGCCGCGCGCCAUGGGCAACAUCCAGAAGAAGCUGACGGGCAAGAGCGAGGGCGGCCGGCGGCUGGAGAGGGGCGCGCCGCGGCGGGGCCGGGCGCCGGAGGCCGGCGCGGACAAGCGGGACCGGCCGCGGGCCCCGGCGACGGCGGGCGGUGCCAGUGGGCACCCGGGCGGCGGGCGGGGCGCCGGGGACCCCGCGGCCAGCGCGCCCCCUGGGCCCGGCGCGUCCCCCGGACCUGGCGCGCCGCCGCCGACGGCGCCCGCCGCCCAGGUCGGCCCCGCCGGCCUGAAGAGCCAGGGCAACGAGCUCUUUAAAAACGGGCAGUUCGCCGAGGCGGCUCUCAGGUACUCGGCGGCGAUCGCGCAGCUGGAGCCUGCAGGAAGUGGAAGUGCAGAUGAUCUAAGUAUCUUAUAUUCAAAUAGAGCAGCAUGUUACCUAAAAGACGGAAACUGCAGUGGCUGCAUUCAAGAUUGUAACAGGGCUCUGGAACGUCAUCCAUUCUCAAUCAAGCCUCUUCUUCGACGAGCAAUGGCCUAUGAAACUUUAGAGCAGUAUCAGAAAGCUUAUGUGGAUUAUAAAACAGUGUUGCAAAUAGACUGCGGAAUCCAGAUAGCAAAUGACAGUGUUAACAGGAUAACAAAAAUUUUAAUGGCCCUGGAUGGACCAAGCUGGCGGGAGAAGCUGUCGCCCAUUCCUGCUGUGCCCAUUUCUGCACAAUUGCGAGCUUGGCGGCCUGUGGCAGAGACGCCCCCAGACCAAGUGGGAGAUUCCUGCAGCCAUCACCAACCGGGCAUCACAGAAAGAAGAUGCAGGGAACUUCUGCCAAGGCUUUUAGAUGGUUCAGCAGUCCUGGGAAAAACAUGGAGAUCUCUAGCUUCUAGAAUCCAUUAUUAAUGGGGCCUGGCACAAAGCAUUUGCUCAAUAAAGGAUGAAAAAAUGUUUAAAACCCUUAAAGAAGAAGGAAAUCAAUGUGUAAAGGACAAAAACUAUAAAGAUGCCCUUAGUAAAUACAGUGAAUGCUUAAAGAUUAACAACAAGGAAUGUGCCAUUUAUACAAACAGAGCCCUCUGUUACCUGAAGCUGGGCCAGUUUGAAGAGGCAAAGCAGGACUGUGACCAGGCGCUUCAGAUGGACCUCAGCAAUGUGAAAGCAUGCUACAGGCGAGCUCUUGCUCACAAAGGACUCAAGAAUUAUCAGAAAAGUUUAAACGAUCUCCAUAAAGUUCUCCUACUAGACCCAAAUAUUAUUGAGGCAAAAAUGGAACUGGAAGAGGUCACCAGAAUCCUGAAUGUUCAGGAUAAUGCAGCACCAUUCAACAAAGAAAAGGAGAGAAGGAAAAUUGAGAUUCAAGAGGUGAAUGAAGGCCAUAAAGAGGAGCCUGAAAGGACUUCGGAGGACGUCUCCACUGACUCCCGUGCUUCUGAGAAGGGGUACACAAGCAACGGGCCACGAGAAUUCUAUGAGAAACUACCAAUCCCCAAGCCUAACAAUGCCUACGAAUUUGGCCAGGUUAUAAACGCCGUCAGUAUUAGGAAAGAUAAAGAAGCCUGUGCACACCUGUUAGCCAUCACUGAACCGAAAGACUUGCCAGUGUUGUUGAGUAACAAACUUGAAGGGGAUACAUUCCUGCUCCUCAUCCAGUCUCUGAAAAAUAAUCUAAUUGAUAAAGAUCCUUCUUUGGUAUAUCAGCAUCUUUUAUAUCUGAGUAAAGCAGAAAGGUUUAAGAUGAUGUUGACACUGAUUAGCAAGGGCCAAAAGGAGCAGAUUAAACAGCUCUUUGAUGACCUCUCAGACACACCAAACAAACAUUUUACUUUAGAAGAUGUGCAGGCCCUCAAAAGGCAGUAUGAGCUUUAAAUAAAGAUUAUUGUUAGAUUUCUUCCAUGCAUGUAUGUGUUCCAGUAAUGCUAAUGAGAUGGUAUUGUAAUAGAGUUGCAUGGAUAAAACCUGGCUUAGAAAAGAUCCCUUGGUCUGGACUAUAAAAUAUUUUACUUAUUUUUAUACAUAGAACACAUAUAUUCUACAAUCUGCUUUUUAUUAGUUGUAAAUAUUUUCUUAUGUACCAGAGCUAACAUCUUUAUAUUUAAUAAUAAGUAUAUCUGGAACUUGUUAAGAUGCGUUUUAAUUUAUAUUAUACAUUUUCUUUUAAUAACUUACUUGUUAAAAUUUUGAGUUAAAUUACACUUCUUUGGGCUAUGAAGGAGUCCUGUUAAGUUUGAUAGAAAUGUAUUUCUUUACAGUUCAUU